AGUCUCGCUCUCUACAACUUCGUACCGGAGAACAGCAACGAAUUGGCUUUGCGCGAGGGACAGAUCAUCCAAGUAGGAUAUAGACACGGGCAGGGCUGGUUGGUAGCCAUGGAUCUGGAGAGCGGAGAGCAGGGAUUGGUGCCCGAGGAAUAUGUGCGUUUGCUC